CUUGAUCUAUUACAACUAUGGAGUUAGUAAGGUUCCAGAUAAAUGGCAUCCCACUUGCAGUUCACCCAUUUAUGUGCCUGUUGUAUCACCUUACAAACAUGUCUGAUCUCUUCUCCCUGUUGGCUUCUCGUUUCACUCUUGAAUUUUAUGUUUCCGAACGUUGUAAGAACUGCUACAAUUCUGGAGGCCGCAAUUGCCUCAUUGGUCAAGGUCAAUGCAGUAAUGACCCAAAAGAAGGAAGAAGUACAUUAAAAUUAAAGAUUGGAAUAGCCUUUGGGGCAAUUGUUGCAGCUGCUAUUCCCGUUCUUUUUCUAGCAUUCUUCAUGAGAAGAUAUCUACAAACAGGAUUUGUGGGUUUCAGAAUAAAGAACCAAACCGAGAGUUAUUUGAAUGUCGAGGCGUUUUUACAGAACAACGGUUCUAUUGCUCCUAAGAGGUAUACUCAUUCUGAUAUCAAGAAAAUGACAAACUCAUUCAAAAUCAAAUUAGGACAAGGAGGCUACGGCUAUGUAUACAAAGGACAACUAAAAGACAACACACUUGUAGCUGUGAAAAUCCUCGAUGCUUCCAAAGGCACGGGAGAAGAUUUCAUUAAUGAGAUUGCAAGCAUUAGUAGGACAUCCCAUGUUAAUGUUGUCACUCUCCUUGGAUAUUGCUUUGAAGGAAGUAAGAGAUCUCUCGUUUACGAGUUCAUGCCACAUGGAUCUCUAGAGAAGUACAUAUACAACAACAUCGAUGAGUUAACACCCGAAAAUAGCCAUAAACUUGGAUGGGAAACGUUAUACCAAAUUGCACUAGGCAUUGCUCGUGGAUUAGAGUAUCUCCAUAGAGGGUGCAACACUCCAAUACUCCACUUCGACAUAAAACCUCAUAACAUCCUUCUCGACGCGAACUUUCACCCAAAGAUAGCCGAUUUCGGACUAGCUAAGUUGUGCCUUAAGAAGGAGAGCAAAGUGUCUUUAGUUGGCACGAGGGGGACUCCCGGUUUCAUUGCCCCCGAGGUAUUCUCUAGAAGCUUUGGUGUUAUUUCGCAUAAAUCCGACGUGUAUAGCUAUGGAAUGAUGGUGCUAGAAAUGGUUGGACAAAGAACAAAGAAUAUCAAUGAAACCGUUGAUCACACGAGCGAAUUGUAUUUUCCCCAUUGGAUUUACAAGUGGCUCGAGUAUGACAAGGAAUUUAACGAUUUGUUGGACAGCGAGGAAGGAAAAGAGACCGUGAGAAAGAUGAUAAUAGUAGGUUUAUGGUGCAUUCAGAUCAAUCCGGAAGAACGACCGUCGAUAACUCGGGUGGUGGAGAUGCUGGUGGGAAGCUUGGAUUUAUUGCAAGUCCCUCCUAAGCCAUACUUGUCGUGUGUACCUUCACUAAGAGAAGAUGCAAAUUCCUCCUCGGCCUUGCAAUCACUAAGCAUGUCAUAUUAAGUAAUUCAAUCUAUCUUACAUUAUUUAUCAAAAUUGUCCAUUUAUGUCAUAUUAUAUUAUAUGAUAAUUUUA